GACACGCUCCAUAGUGGCGCAUCCAGUUGGAUCACCACUGUUAGUUAUAAUCUCACAGUCCCAUCUCAUUUCGUUGUCUCUCUGCCUGAUAUGGAUGAAGAUAGCGAUGACCUAUCUGGGAUUAACAGCUUCCAGUUCAAAGAAGCACCCAACUCCAAAUUGUUUUGCUUAAACAAGAAAAGGAAGUUGCAGGAUGAGCAAUUAGGCUUGCCCAUUCCAAAGCAUAAAUGCUGGGAUCAUCGCUUACCUCUUGAAACUUCCACAAUAUAUGAAGAAAAUCAAGAAGAGAAAGACUUAAUCACACAUAUGAUCAAGGAAAAUGCUGAAAGACGGGCCAUUGAUGAAGGAUCAGAUCCUGAAUCAGCUAAAGAUAGCAAUAGCUUUGUUGGAGAUUCUGACUCUGCCAUGUCUGUGUCUGGCGAAACUAAAUUGGAGAUGGAGGUUUCAAAGAUAUGGUCACCCGACAGGCCCUCAACUUCAUCAUAUAACUGGGGCAACAGUCUCAAGGAUACGCAAUAUUCUCCAGAUAAAGCUGCAGCUCCAAGACAUGCUGGAAAAGAGGAAUUGGUUAUUGUGGAAGGGGAGGAUGAUCAUUGCUGUCAUUAUGAUGGACUGCAAGUAUAUCAGAGUCUUGAAGAGCCCAUCCUAGAAAUUGAAAGCCCUUUAAAUUACGGUUGCUCUGAGUUUGGGACUGACAACAUUGAGCCAUGUACAGAUAAAGAAGUUGAUGACAUUCUCUAUUCCAAUGAGUUGAAUCUAAAUGGCCAUGUCCUUUCAUCUGAAGGAUGGGCCGUCAGCCAAGAUGCUCAAUCAGGCCUCAGAAAACCAACCAUUGAUCAAGAAUUUGAGCAGUACUUUUCCAUGCUUAUGAUGUAACAGUGAACACUUAUAUUUAGUACAACAUAUCUGUUGCUUGUGACUGAUUAGAGUGCCAGUCAAAAUGUAAAGUAGCUUUCCUUUUUCUGGCAUGGGAUAAUUGCAAGUGGUUCAAUUUAGAUAUAGCGAUGCCCUUUUCCUUCCAAUGUUUUGAACCAGCUUAGUCUUGCUUGCUGAACACAGCUGUUUACUGCUUCUCAAUGGUUCUUGUAUCACACAAUUUGUAAACCUGUAAUUAUAUUGACCGAGGUCAGUCUUCACGGAUCCUCAUGUUGGUCG